UUCAGUACAUGUCCAGCGACAUGGGAUCGCCACACAUUUUGAUCUAAUGACACUCGUUAUUGAAGCGUCAUCUUAUAACUUUUUUACAACACAUUUAAUAUACUUGGGAAGGUUGCGACUAGACAAUGUAAUCACACAGUAACUUACCUGUGAGCCUGUAUCAUUUUGUUGUUAACCUCACCGUCAUGCACGUGUUAAAAGAUUGCCGAGAUCUACCUAGUAAAUAGAAAAGAUGCUGAGACUAGGAAGUUGUAUCACUUUUUCAAUUCAGUAUAACCAUUUUAACCGUAUUCUCUGUGGAAAGGGACCAGUUAGUCUGUUUCUGUUACAGAGUCAUGAAGGGCAUACCACUAUGUCGUCUUGCAAAUAUAGGACGAUGUCAGAGAGGAGCAAUAGUGAACAGGUGUUGUUAUUUCAAAACAUUAAUACAUACGUAACUCGUCAGAGAUAUACAAUGACUAAUGCCAUAAUAUUAAGCCACAGAAACAAAACUGACAAUAAACUUGACAAGCAAGUUAAGGGUUACAGUACCAACAACUCUGGGUACGAUAGUGGUGGCAGAUCUCGUUCAAGGAGAGUAGAUCACCAAAUUGAUAGAAAUCAAUAUGAUGAAGAGGAGAAAGAACAACAAUCUUCUGGAAUUCCAGAUGACGAGUCGGAGGAUACUUUCGGCAACCUGUCGAGACAUAUCAACAAGACUCUUCCUAGCUGGGUACAGGAGGAUCAAUUUUGUCAACCUCUUGAACAAGAAAAGCCUCACCGCCGCCUUGCAGUGGAAGGUCGCCGACACCCACAAGACUGGUACUUCAAACAAAUUAUAGCUAUGGGAAAGGAAGGAAAGGUGCUGAAGGCCAUUGCAGUCCUAGAUGACUGGAUGUUGGUUAGAGACAGAGUCAUGCCUAAUGAAGAUAUUUAUACAGCUGUCAUAGGAAUCAUUGGACGAACAGGAAAUGCAACUCUGGCCUUCAAGUAUUUCAAUAAGAUGAAAGAAUAUGGUCUGCAGCCGAAUGAAGCAACAUUUACUGCACUGUUUAAUGCUUGUGCUAAUUGUCCAGAUAAGAAAACGGCUCUAAAGAAAGGGUACACUCUUCGAAGGUACAUGCAGCGAUUAGAUAUCAUACCUAACAUUAUCACCUAUAAUGCAAUCAUUAAGAUGUAUGGACGAUUAGGAGAUCUACGUAAUGCCUUUCUUGUAGCAGAUGAAGCCAUCUCAAAUAGGAGGGCUGUAGACUGCUUCUUCUUCGGUAGCCUGUUGUCUGCAGCUAUCAGUGAUAAAGAGGAAGGACUUCUGUUUGCCAUUGAAAUAUGGCGGAAGAUGAAGAUUAUGAGAGUUCAGCCUGAUGUGUUCCACUAUAAGUUGAUGUUACAAGCCAUAAAGGAAUGUAAACUGGGGAGCCUAGAACAACAGAGAAUCCUCCUACAGUCUUAUGUACCCCAUAGGAAACUCCAGGAGAAACAGCAACAAACUGGAGCAAGUCAGAUAACAACACAACAGACCAGGCCACAACAACAUUCCAGAGGGAAAUGUUAUGGUGAACUGCAACAAGUGCAACCUCAGAAGUCUCAUGAAUCACUCCAACAAAUUAAACAAACAGCAGAAGAAUCACACUUGGAACAACAUAAAGGACCUGUUCCUGAAACUGUUUCCUUGUCCCUAGUGUCAGAAGACACAACACUGCCGUCUGUUGAGUUGGUCUCUUCUCCUGAAAGACCUAGUACAGUAGAGAAAAUUCCUGAUUUGUUGAACCCACAAGAUUCUUUAUCUGAAGUAGUUUCUCUUGGUGACAUGUCUGACAGUGAGGAUAGACUUUUACUAAUGGGUGGUGUUGGAGGAUUCCUAGAUAGGAUGAAGGCUGACAGUGUUAAACCAGACAUAACUGUAUUGACAUGGUUAGUUGAAAUGUCACGAGGAGUGGAAGACAAAGAAAUCAUUCUGUCAACACUCACAGGAGAAAGAAUAAAGGCUGACUGCACAUUCCUCAAUGCUCUUAUUCGCAGUAAAGUAAAUGGGGAGACAUUUCAAGAUGCUAAGGCUGUUUUAAAACUGUUUACUCAAUACAAUGUUGUGCCAAACAGGCAGACAUAUGGAAGUCUGAUUUUCUGUGCGAGGGACCCAAAGGAUGCCGAAAGUAUCCUUAAUUCUAUGGAGAAUGCUGGUUUCGUCCCAGGUAUUAAAACAUUUAGUUUACUGAUUGGCAAAAUGCCUGAAGGUUUUGGAUAUAAGAAGAGUUUACUUAGAAGGAUGACAAACCAGAACGUACAACCAGACCUUCAUUUCUUAAAAGUCAUUGAAAGACACUUACAGAGGAUAAGGGAGAAAAUACUAUUAGAAAAGCAUAAAAACAAGAACAAGAACAAUGUUUUAGAAAGAGAGUUUGAAGACUUCAAUGUGUUCUAUAAGGACUGGCUGCUUAAAACUCCAAUAGCCGAGGAACCCCAUCAGUUGAGUAACUACAAAAAGAAAACUGAAGAAAGACAUUGGAGGCAAAUGAUGACUUAAUGUUUCCAGAAACUGCAAACAGUUGAACAGUGAAAUAUAGUGCAGUACAUUUG